AUGGUCGGAAUCAGACAUCCGCUGCACGGACUGUUGCGUGCCAGGAGAGGAGGUCGCUGGUUUGUAAAGGCUGCUUUCAAGGGAUCUUCUCGAAAAUCUUCGCAAUCUCGAAGGGCCCCCUGUGUCCAUUUGUGGAAGCAGGAGUGCACAGUUGGUCGUAAUACUCCUGGGAACGCCGGUAUUCCAGAAGCUUCGCAGGUGUUCAGAGGUCCAUCCUACGCAAGCCUCGCGAAGGAUGGCUGCUCCACAGUCCCCCUGUGGUGUCGACGACUGCCGCAGAGGCACUCCACUACGACGAGCCACAGGGCAGCAGCAGAAACGGCAGAGAAAAUAGCGGUACCGCCGAGCGAUCCGGAGCCAGAGAGAUCGGCGUGCCAUGCAACAGAAAACUCUGAUGACGAUGAAGGACGUGCUUCAGAUCAUGAGGAUUUGAAUGGAGAUAACGAGGCCGUGGACGGAGGCAACCCUUGGGGCGUCCAUUUGCCUCUUCUGGCUGCAGUGGUGCUCUCUGGGAGCUUCGCCGGUCUCUCCACCCUUCGCUUCUUGUCUGCGCACAGAUUUUUCGCUGGCCGCAUGACCGGCAGGCAGCAGCCGGGAAGCUGGAAUUAUGAGUGGGAUGCGUGGAGGUUCGCAAAAGGCUCACCAGAGCAGGAGCCACAACAAAAUCCCUACACGCGGCAUAUUAUUCUUGUGCGCCACGCUCAGUUUGACAGCGUCGAUGCCACAGAUGACGAAGCCCUCGGACUAACGUCAGUAGGGCGCCUCCAAGCAGAAGUCACUGGCGAACGGCUCAAGGCAGUACUCAAGGAUAAGAGGGUUUCCGCCAUCUAUCACAGCAACAUGAGGAGAGCUCGAGAAACGGCAGAGAUUAUUGCUUCUAAAUUGGGGGACACAACACCAGGAAUAACAACCGUUCAAGACCCCCUUUUGGCAGAAGGCGUUCCUGCUAUGCCUAUACCCCCUUCGACUGUGUUUCACCCAGCGCCUGCCACUGUGGAAGCGGAUAGCAAGCGCAUCGAAGAAGCAUUUAGGCGGUACUUCUACAGAGGCACCGGGCCGGAUCUCCAACAGCAGCAGCAGCAGCAGUUACUGCUCCGUCGCCAGCAGCAGCAGCAGCAGCCAGAGGCGGCUGCGACUGCUACCGCUAACAGCAAAUCCACUGCCAAUAGCAGCACUCCCGCAAACAGCAAGCCCCUCCCAACAGAGGAAUACAGCAUUAUUGUGUGCCACGGAAAUGUUAUUCGCUAUUUUUUCUGCCGGGCCCUACAGUUGCCUGCAUCCGCAUGGCUGCGCUUGGCAACCUUCAACUGCGGCAUCACGUGGCUUAGCAUAGACAGAAGAGGCUACGUUUCCGCGCGGCAGUUCGGAGACACUGGCCACCUCAAUCCUUCAAUCAUCACUUACCGAUGA